AUGGGAGAUUGUAAGAGUUUUUCAUUUUCCAAAAUGAUGGGCUGCUGUGGUUGCUUCGGAUUUAUCAAAAAACAAAGACGGCGUCGGGCUAAACGUAGCAUCAACAAUCUUCUCUCCCAUGGCCUGUUAUAUGAUGGAGAAACUGAAGGUGAUGAGUCGUGCAGUGGAGAUGUUACUAGUUACGCCACCAGUGGAGAUGAUAAUGAGGUGCAAGCUGUACGCAACCGUUCCGAGGAUAUUUUGAACUUUAGAGCGGAGCAUGGCAUGGUUUGUAGACCAUUUCCUGUCAAGGAGACUUGCAAACUUGUUCGCUCAGAGGAUGAAAAUGGAAACAAGAUGAUAAAUGAAUAUGUCCGAGAGUAUAAAAUUGGUUCUGGAAGCUAUGGCAAAGUGGCCCUUUAUCGAAGUCUUGCUGACGGAAAGCAUUAUGCAAUUAAGGCCUUUCACAAGUCUCAUUUACAAAAGCUUCGAGUUGCACCUUCUGAGACUGCCAUGACUGAUGUUCUACGGGAGGUACUGAUUAUGAAAAUGGUGCAACAUCCUAAUAUAGUGAAUCUCAUUGAAGUGAUUGAUGACCCUGAGUCAGAUGACUUCUACAUGGUACUUGAAUAUGUGGAAAGCAAAUGGGUGUGUGAGGGUACAGGUCGUCCUUGUGCAUUAGGUGAAGAGACUGCUAAGAAAUACUUGCGUGAUAUAGUCUCAGGAUUAACAUAUCUCCAUGCUCAUAAUAUAGUGCAUGGGGAUAUAAAACCUGAUAAUUUAUUGGUUACUCGUGAUGGCACAGUAAAGAUAGGGGAUUUCAGUGUCAGCCAGGCUUUUGAGGAUGGCAACGAUGAACUUCGUCGAUCACCUGGCACUCCUGUUUUCACUGCACCAGAAUGUUGUUUAGGCCUUACAUAUCAUGGUAAAGCUUCUGACACGUGGGCAGUAGGAGUUACUUUGUACUGUAUGAUAUUGGGUGAAUACCCAUUUCUUGGAGACACACUUCAAGACACAUAUGACAAAAUAGUCAACGAUCCUCUACUUCUGCCAGAUGACAUUAACCCCCAAUUAAAGAACUUAAUAGAAGGAUUACUGUGCAAAGACCCAGAAUUAAGGAUGACAUUGGGCGAUGUUGCUGAGCAUGUCUGGGUUAUUGGAAAUGAUGGGCCAAUUCCUGGGUACUUAUGUUGGUGCAAACGCAAGAGCCUGGUGACUGAAGAUCUUGAUGGGAGCAAUACACUUGUUUGA